GGAUGUUUGGCCUGGUGUUUGGCCUCUUUGGGAUGUUAGCCUACGAUGGGGAGAGRGUGAGAGAGUCGGGGAUGUUUCAGGGCUACAACACCAUCACCUGGACCGUCGUAGCCCUACAGGCUCUGGGUGGUCUGGUCAUAGCAGCGGUCAUCAAGUAUGCAGACAACAUCCUGAAAGGCUUUGCUACAUCGCUCUCCAUCAUCCUGUCCACACUUAUAUCCUACUUCUGGCUGCAGGACUUCGACCCUACGAGCGUGUUCUUCCUUGGAGCCAUUCUGGUCAUCGUGGCUACUUUCCUAUAUGGCUACGAAGGCAAGCAGAGCCCCAACCCCAGCAGGGCGUAGGCUGACUCUCCGGCAGCCGUGGGAGGUCGUGUCGAAGCCUCGAGUCGGAGGGCAGAGAGGCUGAUGGGAAAAGGAGGGGAAAGGUCUUCGUCACAUMCUGUGAUCAGAGGAGGAAGAGCAGCAAAAGGUUCAAAUAAAUGCAAGCACAACACUGUGGUGGCUCUCACACCAAAGUGCCUCAGCCGUGAAGGAUAUGCUGUUUGUUACUGUCGCAGAGAGAUUUCUGGGUGCCACGCCUACAGAGCAGGAGCGAUGUUACCAAGUGAUGGUGUUUGUUACGAACCAGUCUGACUGCCAGUCACACCUUCACUACAACCGCUCACACAAACAGACUGCAGGAUGGGCCUUCAGGAACAAUGUAGUUAUUGUUUGUCUUGUUCAGUUUGUAUGUCUGGUAGCACAUUUCAGGGUCAGAUUAACUCACCAAAUUAUUGUUAUUUUCAGAGUUAGAUUAACAUGAUGAGCUCUGACCCUGUUCACAUCAACAUGGAGGAAAACAAAGUUUUCCAGCUUCGUUUGCGCCUCUCAUCUACACGCAGACGGCUUUUUGGUGGGAAAAAACAUUCCGAUUUUUGCUUUGCAUACUUGAUAUUUGUACAAGCUCUGUUUUCGGUGCCUCUACGUAAAGUUGACAGAGAUUAAAACCCCCGAUGCCCCUUGCUCUUUAUUUCUUUAAGCUGAGUUGUACAUCUGGUCCCUUUAUUCUAACUCUGCCGAUAUUAAACUUGGUCAACUAUUGAUUAAUUUUACUGUCAUAAAAGUCAACCAUAGACUAUAUAAUAGACCAAAGGUCCCCAUCUUUUCUCAUUAGACCCAGUUUACAGAAGCUGCCAUGUUUUUGUUUUUGUUUUUUGUUGGUUUUUUUUAACCAGAGUCUGUGCAGAAGCAACAUGAAGCUUCAAGUCUUGUCUGUCCUCGGCACACACUCAUGACCUUUCUUUUAGGGUUGGGUGGUAUUGAUCAUGUUUAUACCGUGUUAUAUACGGUAUUGUGGGGGUGGGGUGUGUGGGGUGGUCUGUAAUUAAUAAUCAACAGUGAUACGACUGCUUGUGAGCAUUUACAUUCAUAGCUUCACAUUCUACAGUCAGAGAGGCAUGGGGAAAAAAGUUGGCUAUUGCUGUCCCUCAAUCUGAAAGCAGCAGGAGAGGAGUCACAGAAUGACUUUUUCCCUUUUUUAUGUCAAAUAGAUCAAAAUACUUCCAACUACGACUUUUUAGGGUUUUAAGUUUCAAAAUAAUUGGACUCUUACCAUGGCUGUAUCCACGCUGCUGCAUACUUCUAGCCAGUCUUUGUGCUGAUAAAGUUUGCAGAUAUUUUCUUGUCUGCAGUAAGCAGCUCCUUGUCUCAAAAAGGAAAAAUAAAUAAAUAAAUAAAUAAAUGGUGGUCCCUGAUGGUGUGAGUCAGCAUUACACCUUUUCCUGAACCAGCAAUUUAUGUUUCUUUUCUUUAUUUUAAACCUUGUUCGGACUUAAGAGGUGCAUGGGGGGUGGGGGUCUGCUCCCACCUCCUCCUGUGUUUGUCUUCUGAAUGAGCGGAGGUGGUCAGAACACCCAUCAGUAACAUUAUGGAGCACCUUCUGAAAGAGUCUCGGAUGUUUAUGUCCCAGUUUUCAUAGCAGCCUUGUGGAAAUUUGGCGCAUCACCUCACAUGACUCAUACUGUUAUUCYUUUUAAACACUGUCACCAUAUUUUAAUACGGCAGUAUACCAAAAUACCAUCACACCACCAAAGCCUCCUUUCUCUAAGCAUGAAAUAACUAAUUACUGCUAAAAAUGCAGAUUUAAACAUGCAGCAGCAAGGUGAAUCAACAGGAACCAGUUUUUUUUUCUUAUUUCACAAGUUCUAUAUGGGAAGCUGGUCUCGUUUUAACUUCCUGGUUCUGCUCAGAGGUCCAGUAUAUAAAGUUAAUGAUGUCAACAUUAUUGCCACCAAGUCAAGCAGCAUGGUUAUUUAUGUUUACUGGAAGUUUCUCUCAACUAGAAAGAGAAUUUUUCUUUGUGCUGAAAACAAAAACCCUGUGGAGUUGUGUAUGAAGGGCCUUAAGGUAAAAAUGAGCUGUGGAUAGCAACUUGUUUCCUAUACUUUAUAGUAACUACACCUUAUUUAGCCUUAUUUAAACCAUUAAUAAAGGUGUUUAUUGCUUAUUAAGUAUGAAUAAUUCUUAAUGAUGUUUUCAUUGUUAACUAACCAUUUAUUAAUGAGUAGGUAYGACUGAAUAAGGUAUAGUUAUAAAGUGCUACCCUUUUCUUUUUGUUUAAUUAGGUUUAAUGGAUGUUUUUUGUUGUUUAUUCGAAKGGAAGGAGCAGGAAUGUCUUCAAACAUAAAACMUGUCUCUGAUUGGAGACUCAAAUAUUCAGCUGUAUUUGAGGUGUUCAGUUUAWAAGCACUGGUCAAACUGAUGUAGAAAUCUUCUGUCUUCUUUUACCUUCAGAAAUAAUUUGUUCAAAAAAGGACGUUUUAGCUUGAAAUCCUGCCACCCUGAAUAUUCAUGGCACUUAAAAUCUAAACUAUAAAUCUAAAUAAACAGUUUAAUCCUGUUUAACUGAACUGAAGUUACUUUUUAAAGCCAGUCUUGUUUGUUGUGUUUUGUUGUUGACUCUGUGGUGAAACAAUCAGAUAUGUAUGAGGGAAUGUGUGAUUUAAUAUUUGUUUUUAUGUUUUGAACUACUUUUGGGAGAAAGCGAGUGUAACGAUUAACUUUAGCUACCAUGUCUGAAUCUGUUAAARCAAAAUAAUAAUUUAUGAGAAAGGGUUAUUGCUGAAGUUUUCUAUCAUGCAACACAAAUGUUUGUGUUUUCUGUUCAGAGUGGGAUGGGUUAAUUUGGGGACAAAUUAGCAGUUUUUGGGUUGAGUUUUAUGUUUUUGUUGUGCAAUAAAAGGUAUUUGAAAUCUGAAAGAAGUGUUCACACAAAACUAAAGUGCUUUUUUUUUACAUUAAGAAAUUAGUUAAAAAUGUCAAUUGAAACAUUUGCUACUGAACUUUAUCGUGUUCAUGCAUUUCUUACAUCAUUUUUUAUUUGAUGUGUUUGAAUCCAUGAAGAAGUCAGACCUGAGCUGACGAGCUGUAAACCUCAUAAAGUGAAAACAUUUACACUUUGAGAAGUUGGGCAUUGUUUUUAAUGAGUUCAAAAACACUUCGUGCAAAAGGCGGGAAGUUUAAAUAAAAAAAAGCAAAUGGACUCAUGUCUGUUUCACAUGAAAACACUGUAAAACACCAUCAGCAACCUUUUUAUUUUUAUUUUUAAUAAAUCACUUUAAUCUCACAAA